UAGGGAUAUUUCUUUCAUAACACGGUCUAGCAACUUUGAAAACUUACUGACAAUGAGAAGUAUUUGACGGAAGAAGAAAAUUCAUUCUUAUAAACUUUAUUAUCAUACGGAGUAGUUUGAGCUUUAAAGAAUCCAUGACUAGUGUAAUGACUAUGUUGACGUGACGAAAUUCUAAGAUAACCACAGAGACUUCUUGUAAUCUAAAUUAUAUUGAUAAUGUUUCUAGUAGGCUUGACAGGUGGAAUAGCCACUGGAAAAAGUACUGUAGCUAAUGUAUUUCGCGAACAUGGCAUACCCGUCAUCGAUGCCGAUGCGAUUGCUCGUAAAGUUGUCGAGCCUGGGAAACCAGCUUGGUAUAAAAUACAGAAGGAAUUUGGGUCUGAGGUAUUCCUCACUACAAAACAACUUGAUAGAGCCAAACUAGGUGAUUUAAUUUUCAAUGAUAUUGAAAAAAGGAAAAAAUUAAAUGCCAUUACACACCCUGAUAUAUACAGGGAAAUCUAUUGGCAAACAUUUAAGUAUUUUGUACAAGGCCAUCCGUUUAUAGUCCUGGAAUUACCGUUACUCUUUGAAUCAGGACAUAUGUUGAAUUAUCUACAUAAAAUUAUUGUUGUAACCUGCGAGGAGGAUCUACAAUUGCAAAGAUUAAUGGAACGUACAGGUUUUACGGAAUCUAAAGCAAAACUAAGAAUAGAAGUACAAAUGUCUUUAGAAAAGAAAGAAGAAAUGGCAAACUUCGUAAUUGAAAAUUCGGGAAGCGAGCGUGAUACCAGAGAACAAACCAUUAAAAUAAUUAAUGUGUUAAGAUGUUCGAAAUACCAUUGGAAAUUACGUUUUAUAGUUGGUUUUUGCUGCACUGUUCUUUUAGCUGGUGCAUAUUGGUUAAGAAAUAGAUCAUUUAAAUCUCUACCAACAACAGCAUAGAUAUAACUCUUUUAACUAAAGUUAUAACACAAAUUCUGAUAAAGAUGAGGAAAGCUAUAAGUCAAGUGUGGUCAUUUAAUUUUUCUAUUUAAAAAAAGUAAUAAUUGCAAACGUAUGUGCAUUGACACACUGCUAUUAAAUCACUGCUACCUUCUUUUAUAUGUAUAUUUAUAUAUUUCUAAGUGAAAAAUGAAAUAUAUAAAUUCGUCGGUAAUUAAAUAUAUGUACAGAAAGAUGUAAGGCAAACUCCUUCACAAUAAAUGAUUACAGUACUGUACAUAUCAAAGAUCUAAAAAACCAGAAAUAACGUUAUAUAUAUAAAAAGUAUUAUUAAAUUACAACUUCCGUUUUCUAUACAAUUAAAAAUCCCGCAAACGCAACAACAAAAAAUUAUAUGAUUCGUAUGUCAAAAGGAAUUAUGUGGGAUGAAAAGUGAAUUUGUAACAUUGCGUAGGGCUUUACAGAUCUAAAAUUGUUUUGUUAUAUUAUUUAAAUAAGAAAUAAGUAAUACUUUAGUUUUUUUCAAAUAUGUAUUGCAAUAUAAUAUUAUUUGUUGUUAUCGACUAUUUUAUAUAUGAAGAUUAUUCUUCUUUAUACUUAAUUGCAUUUAUGCUAGUUUUGCUGAAGUUACAAAACAUCGUAGAUUGUAUUCAUAUCGAUGGAAAAAAUAAAUGUAAUAUGUGGUGGUACAUAUAAUAAAGCUUCGGGAUUUUUAA